AUGGAAAAAAAGCAGCUUGGGACUUCAAAAGCUGAAUGGUCAGUAACAAGUGAAUGGUCUCCAGAUGGACGCUAUUUCAUGACUGCCACAACUGCUCCAAGACUACAAGUUGACAAUGGGAUUAAAAUCUUCCAUCACAAUGGAUUAAUGUACUUCAAGAAGAUGUUUGAUAAAUUGUAUCAGGCUGAUUGGAAACCUGAAUCACCAACUCAGUUUGGUGAAAUUGCAGAACUUGUCAAGUCCAUUGACUCGCUUAAAGUAGAAGCGACCAGGACACAAGGACAAGAGCCAAAAUCUUCCCAGGCCAGCAUGAAAGCUACAUCUGCCAACCCUUCCAUGCAAAAACCCACUGCAUAUCGGCCGCCUCAUGCUAAGGCUGCAGCUGCCAUUCAGGCUGAGACAACCACUGAGGCACCUUGGCAAUCAGCUGGCAAAUUAACUCCACAGAAAUCUCCAUCAUUCUCUACACUUGUGUAUUCCUUCAUCUAUAAGGUGAUCAAGUGA